AUGAUUCCGCUUCGAUUUUUGGUUGGUUUUUUGUUUUUACAUAGAAUCUAGAUGUUCAUAAUGAAUUCAGAUUCUAAUAUGUGCAACACUAUGUUUGACCUCAAUUCUAUCAAAUAUGAACACUUAUAAUUUUACCAAAAUUUGUAUGCAGGAUGAUAACAGCACGACUGGAGGUAUGAUUUUUAAAAUUGGAAAUAAAAAAAAAUUUGGAACUUCAAAUCGCUAAAUUUUUGAAAAUUUCCCAAAAAAUCCAGCUUCUUAUUGGAGCGCGCUUUCAUUUUCCAACCAAAAAAUCACUAUUUUGUCAAAAAUAUCACCGGAUUUUGGCUACUUCCUAAAUUCCAGCAAAUGGAGCGAAAGUAGGCAAAACCCAGUGAUACUUUUCUGAUAAGAAAUGCAAGUGCACUCUAUUGAGAAACACCCAGAGGCAACUUGAAAUUUUCAAAUUAAAAAAAAAAAUUGUUUUGAUUUUAUUUCCAGUGCACUUCACAAAAUGGGAGUCAAACUUCCUUCAAUCUUGUGUAGCGAUCGGAAGUCUAGCCGCCUCAAUACCGUAUUCUCUAGCCUAUCAACACCUCCCCCACAAAUACGUUUUCAUAUCCGCCGGCAUCAUUUCGGGUGUCUCAACAGCUCUUGUUCCUCUCGCAAGUUCUCUUGGCUUCGGUUGGUUUGUAGUAGCCAGGAUAUUCCAAGGCAUGGCAUUUUCCGCCACUUUCCCAUUGGCGGGAAGUAUAACAUCAAGAUGGGCGACACCAUUUGAACAUGGUGUAUUUAUUGGAUUAUUGACUGGAAAUACCCAAUUGGCGAAUAUUUUCACAAUGCCAAUUUCUGGAUGGCUUUGCUCUUCUUCAGCUGGUUGGACAUCUGUUUAUUAUGUACAUGCCGGUGUUUGCCUCAUAGUUUUUCUGGUUUUCUUGUUUUUCUUCAAAAGUUUCCCUGAAGAACAUCGAUGGAUAACAGAAAAAGAGUUGGAAAAAAUCGGAAGAAGGGAAUCUCAGGGUCCAGUGCAAAAGCGAGCAAGUCUUCCAUUGAAACAAAUUCUAACAAGUCUGUCUUUGUGGGCUUGUUGGAUUGCGUCAUUUGGAGAUUUGAUAACUGUUCAACUUGUUUCAAUGUUCAAUCCACAGUAUAUGAAAGAUUAUUUGGAUUAUGAUGUGAUGUCUUCAGGUUGGUUAAAAAAAACUUUGCCUCGAAGCGGGAUCGAACCCACGCUCUAGAAAAUGAGAGGCGAGCGUGUUUACCACUCGACCACGCGAUCAUAUUUUUCUUUCGUGCAAAUUUUUGAUAAAUGAAACGCAUUCGAUUUUUUCCAGGAUUCCUCGCCGCUUUGCCAAUAAUCUUCCAAUUCCUCAUCAAAUUUUGCUCUGGAAUCACAAGCGAUCUAUUCAAAUGUGUUUCUGAAACAACAAAAGUAAAAAUCUACAAUACAAUAGCCUUAGCAGCUUCCGCGUUCUUCUUCAUUAUCCUCGCCUUCAUUCCACAAAAAGAUCAUCUCUUCGCAAUUAUAAUCCUAGUUUUCGCGGAGAGUUUGAUGGGUGCAAAUACGGCUGGAUUUAAUAAGUGCGCAACUCUUCACUCGCAACAAUAUGCGUAUUUUUCGAUGCAACAGAUUAUGAAUAUUUGGGCGUGCACUAUUUUUAUUGAACCGUUCUUUGUGAAUAUGAUUGUGAAAGAGAAUACGUAAGUUAGAAGGAAAAAGGUUUUUAACAUGAGCAAUAAUCAAACUUUUCGUUAAAUCGUUAAAUGUUAAGUUGAUUCCAGAAAUAUUAGAUAAUACUUAGACACGACUCAAAAUUUCAGAGUUCCAAAAAAUCCACUUUAAGAUGAGCAAUAAUCAAAUUUAAAAUUUAUUGUCUUUAAGAUUGAAUCUUGUAAAAAAAUCAAAUUUCAUAUGUUUUACUGAAGCCCCCCCCCCCCAGAUUCUAUGUAUAGCUCAAAAAAAUGCCUGCUUCAGAUUCGUCGAUUGGCGUAAUUGUUUCCUGGCACACGCUGUCAUUUUACUCGUCGUCAAUACAGUUUUCGUUAUUUUUGCCGAUGCUCGACCCGCUUCAUGGACUCGAAUACAACAAGAAAAUGAGGAGGAAAACAAAGAAGAAAAAGCAUAA